AUGCCAAAUGGAACGAGUUCUAGUAACACGGAGGUUAAAGGGAAUAAACUUAGAGCUCGCGACGCUCUAAUUGUAAUGUCUGCGAGCGAUAUUAAGUUCAAUGUAAAAUGGAACAAUAGUAACACGGAAGGGAAAAGGGCCGAUUUCAAGUCGACCCGGGCUAAAGACACGGGGCCGAUGCGUGAACAAAAACGCCACGAGCACGGUACCGUCCGUGGUGGUAAUGAACGUCUGCUGAACCGUAAUUGGAGCACGCCGGCCGCGACUCCUUCACACGUUUUUGCCGCCGCAUCAAUCACUGGCGACCAUUACUGCCGCGCUACUAACCGAUCCACAAGACCGCCGAGUAGAGUGACCAGGUCCGGCAUUUACUCGGACAGUCCGAACAGCAAUUUGACCGCUGAA